CAUGAUUCCCUUCGCUCUUGCGGAAGUCAGUGUCAGCUGACGUUCAUGCAGCUCAGUGUUUUAACAAAAAUAAAUUCUGUGGCAGUUUUGUGUCUUUAGUGAAUUUUCUUUGCAACACAGAUAAUGUUACGACCCAAAGCUUUAACUCAGGUUCUCAGCCAGGCGAACACGAACGGGGUCCAGAGCACUCUAUUACUGAAUAAUGAAGGAUCUCUGCUGGCUUAUUCGGGCUACGGGGACACGGACGCUCGGGUAACAGCUGCCAUCGCCAGCAACAUCUGGGCUGCUUAUGACAAAAACGGCCAUCAGGCUUUUAACGAGGACAAACUGAAGUUUAUUCUGAUGGACUGCAUGGAAGGCAGAGUGGCUAUUACCCGGGUCGCAAACUUACUGCUGUGCAUGUACGCUAAGGAGACCGUGGGCUUCGGGAUGCUGAAAGCCAAGGCGGAGGCCCUGGUGGAGUAUCUUCAGGAACCACUGACACAAGUGGCAGCAUCAUAGAUAUAGAAAUCUGAAAUUUGGCAUUUUGGUCUUUAUUUUGUCAAAACCCUAUUAUUCCACACUUUAUUUAUUUGCUUAGUUGAUCCUCCUAAUCUUUAUAACAGACUAAAAUUGUACCAUUCUUAUACAAGUUCUUAUUAAUCAGAAUCCGAUGUGAACUUUGUUUUUUCUCAGCAGCUUUUUGUGGUUGCGCCUAACCAAUUAACUUAUAAAUAAGCCAAUAUUUGGUAAAAAAAAAAUAAAAUAAAUGUGCUUGUUUUGUA